UUGGUUGAGAUGACAUUGACAUCCCAAUUACACGAGACACGCUGACUCCCGCGCCAGGAAAGGCCACGAGGCGACGUUAUACCAGCAUCGAACGUAUGCAAACCAUAAGAACGGAAAUUAGUCAUUCAGCUCGCCGCCGAAACCACCUGCCAAAGAAAUUAAACUGCGUUAAUUGAUUUAUAGGAAAUUCAGAUACCUGCCACUUGCCAAGCUCUUGGUAUAAAAAGUGGCAGAUACUCAAGUGCUGUCAGAAGACGCAACAGGAGCAAGUGAAGUGGCGGGAAACAGUCAGUUUCCCAUUUUGCGCACGCCUUUGCGCCGUGUAGAGAGGACUUCGAUCAGCCGAGUGCCACACGGAGCGAAAGCCUGAACAAACGGAAUUCUUUGCGCACCAGAACAUAACGUGAACCUCGGCAAAGGACCCUGUUGCUCUCGUUGAAGUCGACAUUAUUUCAUAUUUCGUCGUUAGAAAAUAAAGAUACGUCGUCGUUCGACGAACUCUGACAAACACAGACCGUUCCCUGACGCGUUUUAUUAAAUCAUAGUGGGACAGAAGUGGGAAAGAGAUAUUUUACGCGUCACGCGACCGCGGCAACAUGAAAUUACUCCUCUCACUCGCGGUCGUUUUUCUUGUUCUGGCUGAAGUCUUUUGCGAAGAAAUGAGUUCCGAUGAUGAUCUCAAUUACUGGACGAGAAGCAAAGAAUUGCAGGACGACUGGUUUCCCGCGGGCCAGUUUCAGGAGAUUCUGAGAAGGAUGACGAGGAAGCCGCGGCCGCACCAGUUCUUUGGGUUAAUGGGAAAGAGGUCUUCCGCGGCAAAUGCACAGAUGACCCGCAAAAGGCACAAGCUCAACUCCUUUGUGGGACUGAUGGGAAAGAGGAGCCAAGAGGAGCCAGAUUCGUACGAUUGGAGCAGAACGGACGAGGAAUACCAACGGCGCUGAGAUUCACCGGCCUCCUCACGGAGUCGUUCCUUUAAAAAUAAAACUCUCAAAAAUGAUUACACACACACACACACACACCACACACUCACAGACACACUCUCACACAGAUGUGCUCACACACAGGAAAACACUGCACAUUUCUACCUGUUGAUCAAAGUUGUAGGGUUAAUAAAAGUUUUGUUUCCACAUCCUGGUGUGAUACUGCUAAA